CACGCAGUAAACAUCCAUCCGUCCAUUUAUUUAUACAUCUAUCUGCUUCUUCACCAUCCAUCAUCUACAGCAUCCAACAUCGUCCAUGCGAUGCCGUUACCAGUACACCCACACCUACAUCCGGGGUACUAUUCCCCUUCAUCGUCCUCUUCACCUCUUGAAUCCAACUCAUUCCCCGUAGUCGGUCCGGAUCAAGAUGAUAUAACCACCGGCGACGAUGAGGACAACAUGUUUAGAGAUAUGAGCUUUGACGAGAUCCUUGAAGAUCUUAACGCCAGGUUCUUAAUAAAUCUUCCAAAAGAGGAGAUGAACUUGUUGAGAGUGUACUGGCAAGCUGAACAGGCCCAUUGGUUCUAUGAAGAUUAUCUUCGUCCACUGAACCCCUCUCUCCCCUCUCUUUCCCAACGGCAAUUCACCCGGUUAAUCAUCGAGUCAUCACCGCUGUAUAGCCGACUCGUAUCUGGGAGUGCUGUGGAUUAUGAGAGUGUUUGGGACGAAUACAAGUCGUACAAGCGGAUGGUCCCUUGUUGCGGAGGUAUACUUUUGAAUAAAGAGGGUGACAAGGUGUUGCUAGUGAGAGGGUGGAAGUCAAAUGCGGGAUGGAGUUUCCCUAGGGGCAAGAUCAAUCUGGCUGAGAGUGAGGAAGCUUGCGCUGUCCGAGAGGUGGAAGAGGAAACGGGUUUUGAUUUGACGGGGAUGGUCAACCCUGAUGACAAGAUCAAAACAUAUAUCAACGCUCAAGAGGUUACCAUGUUCAUUGUCCCAGGCAUCGAUGAGGCUACAGAGUUUGAAACGCAGACGAGACACGAGAUUGGAGCGAUUGAGUGGGUCGCCCUUCAAGACCUCCCUACGUGGUCUGGAAAUAAGAGAGGUCCCAGAAAGACAGCAAAAGCCAAAAGAUUUUACAAUGUAACCCCCUUUGUCAAUCCUCUCAAAUCAUGGAUGAAAGAGCACGGAAUGGACCCUUAUCCCAAAGCACGUCAAUCGAAGCCUACAGGUAAAAACUCCUCCGUUUUCCACCGGGACAUCCAGCCUUUCCAAUUUGACACCUUUACCGGCUCUCCAUCCAACUCGCCGGUCCCUCACGCCCCUUCUCCUUCACAUUUUCCUUCCCGUGGAUCCUCAGCGUUGGACCAGCUUUUCACAAAGUUCAUACAUAAGCAAGAAGAAGAAAUUAUGGCACCUUCUCGAGCGGCGGUAUUGGGUAGCGAUAACAACGCCGGUUUGGAGAGAUUGUUUGGCGGACUUAACGUUUUGCAAGAGGAAGAAGAUGCAUUGCGUUUGCGCCAGAGGCAACAGACAGAGGAAGAGAUGAGGAAGAAGGAGGAUGAUGCGCUCGCGAGAUUGUUGGGUGGGGUAGGAGGGGCGACUCCGCAGAAGGAGGCUCCUCAGCCCCAGCCUCAGCCCCAGCCUCAGGGAAAGACUUUGAAGCAAACCAAUUUGUUGGCGAUGCUAAAUCAGAAACCUAGCGAAGCGCGUCCUGCUGCAAAAACGCAACCAUCAACCCAAACUCAAACUCAGGCCCAACCCCAACCCCAUCACGACAGACUUCUUUCCGUAAUUUCCCCUCAAGCACCCCCUUCUUCUCUUCGAAGAAACGUCGCUGCUUUAUCUGGGACUGGCAAUAUGGCUGGAAUCAGAGACUCUGACGCUGGUGUCGUCAUUACCACCUCUCAAUCGAGCACACCGUCCGCUAACAGGUUAGAAAGCGAGAGCGGAGAGACAGAGAGGCAAGCAAGGGCAAGGGCGCUGUUGGAUAUGACAAUUGCAGGGAUAGGAGGCAGUCCGGCAACAGAAAUAGGUUCGGCGCCAACAGCGGCGACGAUGGCAACGGCGAGGACUGAUGGUGAACAAGGUAAACAAUUAGUCUCACCUCCACUGGGGUCAAUGCAAACGCAAAGCACCAUCCCACCACAGUCUCUGCCACCUAACCUCGCACGUCAUCCUUACGCACCCUAUCCAUCUCAGUCAUCUUACCCAUCUCAUGAGCCGCUCUUGUCCCACCCAGCCCCUCCGGCUCCUCCGGCUCAUCCGUCCCUUCCACCCCAUCCGGGACACGGGCAUGCAAAUAUGAACAUGAACAUGAAUACCAAUGCGACCCAAGCCCGACCACCUAUCAUCGCCCCACCGCCCAUGUCGAUGCCUAUGCCAAUGCCGAUGAGCCAAUCUUACCGUCCCGCUGCCCAUGUUCCUCACCCCCACCUUACUUCUCCGCAGAAUAUGCAGGGGAUGUACAUCAACCUAGGCGCCCCUCAUGCACAGGGAUUAGCUCAAGUUCCGGGCCAAGGACAAGGACAACAAGGACAAGGGUACUAUCAGACGUUCCCGGGGGGCUCACCGCCACACACGCAGAUUGGUUCCCAGCCCAUAUCGGUAAACAUGCCAGGACCAGGACCAGGACCAGCGGUAGGCUAUUACAACAGUCCGCCCGUGCCCCAGGGUCAAGGAAUGUUGCCUCAUCAGGUGAAUGUGAAUGUGAAUGGGCAACAGCAGCAUCAGCAUCAACAUCCGCUCCCCAUGCCGCCUAUACAUAAUCAAGGGUUACCUCCCCAGUUGGGUCAGGUGGGUCAGUAUAAUCGCGUUGGACAAAUUGGGCAGAGUGGGCAGAAUGGGCAGAGGACGUUGCCUACAAAGUCAUCAUUCGCGGGGGUUCAGACGCAGGGGCAGGCGGCGAAUGUGUACCACCCUAUACCCCGCCCGCCUAUGGGAGCUGCAGGGUUGUUGGCGAUGCUCAACGGGGAUAGGCAAAGUAAAUGAUAGGAAAGAAGAGUUGAGAUGGACGUGGAUUAGAAGGACAGAGAUGGACGUGGAUCUGCAAGGUUGAAGGGACGAAUGUGGUUAGUAAAUGUCUCCAGUGAUAUGCUUUGUGGCCUCUUUUUGGAUGCUGUAUAGUAUGGCAAUGAAGAAGAGUAUGACGGUAGGGAAAUGGCGUGUACUUCUUAAUGACCGUGCAUCGAACCCGGCCAGAGGAAGCGAUAUGGUAUGAGCAUAAGAUUCACAUUCAGGACUGCUUCUUCCCUAUUAUCUAAAGUAUAUAGAAAAAUGUGGAUUGCAUACGGUAGAUGAACGCGUGGUAACGCAACUGCCAUGCUUAAAGUCACCUUUUCACUUUGAUUAUCUAAUUCUUCGAAAACACAUGAAUAAUGAG